UCGUACACUGAAACAAUCGCUAAUCAAAACAGAGCAACCAAAUUACAAUGCUGAAAGUCGAAAACAGCGCCGGAAACGACCCCGGAGGCGCCAGAUACAACUGGCUUUCGUCCCGCCGCCAGCCGUUCUGGCUGUGCGAAGCCUGUGAACGCGCUCCGGCAGCCUUCCUAUGCAAGGCUGACGCCGCGUCCCUCUGUGCGGCCUGUGAUUCUGAUAUCCACUCCGCCAACCCUCUCGCCCGCCGCCACCAUCGCGUACCCAUUCCGCAGGUUCCUAAUACACUCUACGGCCCUUCUGCUCCUGGAUUAAUAACUGGGCCGGCGGCAGGAGAUGCAGAGGAAGAAUUCUUGACUCAGGAAGCUGAUGAGACUGUUGAUGGAGAAGAUGAAGAUGAAGCAGCUUCAUGGCUGCUGCUGAAUCCUGUCAAGAAUGGCGACAACCAAAGCCAUGACAACGGGCCGACGGCAGCGCUCUUUGGUGGAACGAUGGAUGAGUAUUUGGACCUUGAUGACUACAAUUCAUGCCAGAAUAGUCAGUUCAAUGAGCACUUCACCAACCAGCAGCAACAUUACAGCGACAGCGUUGUGCCAACACAGUACCAGAAAGUAAAGGAUUGUUUUCAAUUGGGCUUGGAGUAUGAGGUCUCCAACACUGCAUACAGCUAUCCUAAUUCAAUGUCUCACAAUGUUUCCCUAUCACCAAUGGAUGUUGGAGUAGUUCCAGAAUCAACAAUGACUGAAAUUUCCAUCUCCCACCAACGGCCCCCGAAAGGGACGAUCGAUCUUUUCUCAGGCCCUCCAAUCCAGGUGCCGACUCAGCUGACUCCAAUGGACAGAGAAGCCCGAGUUCUGAGGUACAGAGAGAAGAAGAAGACGAGGAAGUUCGAGAAGACAAUAAGGUACGCAUCAAGAAAAGCUUAUGCAGAAACCAGACCCCGGAUCAAAGGUCGAUUCGCCAAGAGAAAAGAUGUUGGAGUCGAAGUGGAGCAGAUGUUUGCUGCACCUCUAAUGGGAGAAAGUGAAUAUGGAAUUGUUCCAUCAUUCUGAGUUCAGGUAUAAAAAUGGUUGGACCAAGAUGAUAUCUAUGUUUGAUUUGUAAUAACAUACUCUAAAACUGUACUGAUAAUACUGUUAACUACGUGUAAUUGUUAUUUAUAAUGCUGGGAUGAUCACCUGAUGAAUUCUCUGCCUGCUGUUCCCAUGUCCAUGUGUAUAUCUGUAUAUGGAUUGGUGAUGCUUCUGUAUCUGGAAGAGGUUGUGCAUAUACGUAUGUUAUGGUUUCGUUACAGAUGAAGUUGUUGGAGAACUAUUGUCUGACUUUUGUUGGAUCAUUUAUGGCAAUAUUUGUUUUAAGAGGAGAA